UGUUUACAAAUACAAACACGUCCAUCUUAAUCAAAAACUGCAGAGUUUAAAUUUCAAGGAUGUACUACGUCACAACUCAAACUUAUCAAUUCAAAAGCAAUAUAUCGUGGAACGAGCAAGUUGCGCUGUUUUGUGUUCGUAAUGGCCUCGUGUGAAACACUGUAAGAACUGUGCAAGAUUCAAGUGUGACAUUCACAAAACACCUCAUAAUUUGUAUUGUCAAUGUGACUGGAUAUCUAUAAGAGCUUCAGGAAAUCCAUGCGAUACUGGCUCAUUGGGUUCGAUCUCCUCUUUAUUCUCGAAGCCAGCGUGUUAGAAACACCAUAGGACGUACUCAAUCCGUAUAUUGAUUGAUAUGUGCUAAUUGACGGUGAUCAGGUCUCGAAUUGGUGGAUGAAAAGAAGGUUUGCAGGAUGAAUAUAUUGAUAAGGGUAUGCUACUUGCUUGCAGGCUUUUUCACCACCACCGCCUUGAAGGAAAGCAUCACAGUUGCCACUGAUCUUGGGGACGUACUCGGAUGGCGCAAGACAAUGGAUUUUAACAUUGACGUGCAUACAACCACCGUCGACACAUUCCUUGGAGUACCGUUUGCCCAACCGCCCACAGGAGAACGAAGAUUCAUGGAUCCGGACGAGGUUGAACCAUGGGGCGGGACGCUAAAUGCUACAAAAUUUGGAUCUACAUGCAGGGCGUCGGAAGAUUGCCUUUUCCUUAAUAUCUACACGCCAUACAAGAACACAGAUCCAGAAGAACGAAGAUACCCGGUAAUGGUCUACAUCCACGGUGGUUCAUACUCGUUUGGAUCGGGCAACUCCUACAAUGGUUUCACAUUGGCUCAGUUUGGAGUGGUCUUCGUGACUAUAGCCUACAGGCUAUAUAUACCUGGUUUCCUGUCAUCGGGUACAGAUGACCUCCCCGGCAACUACGGCAUCUUAGACCAGAUACAGGCGCUCAAAUGGAUAAAAAAGCGGAUACAAUUCUUCCGCGGGGACCCAGAGAACGUGUUGAUAUUUGGUAACAGCGCUGGUGGUGGAAGUGUUGGCGUCCACCUUCUAUCUCCACUCUCAAAAGGACUUUUCCACCGCGCGGUUAUACAAAGUGGUCCCGUCAACGCUCAUUGGGGAAUGUACGGCAAAAACGAAAGCCCAAAGAAAUACUUCAGGGGCGUGACAGAGGCCAUCGGGUGUAACUAUGGAACAACCAAGGACAUGGUGAACUGUCUCCGAGAACUGCCAUACGACGUUCUAAUGGGUCGUCAAAUGAAUAUUGUGUUUAAAUCGUUCGCAAUGGCCGAGUCCGACAACAAACCUACAGUAGAUGGCCGAGUGAUUCCAAAACACUACGAAGAUCUGAUAAAGGAAGGGGCGGUCAAUAGAGUGCCUGUAAUGCUGGGGGUGACAAGUGAAGAAGGGGCAAAGAUAUUCUGGUAUUUCCACAAUAGAAGGUUUACCGAAGACUUCUACCCACAGGCAGAUUUGGAGCUUGAUGACGGUAUCGACCGAAAAUCCUUCCUGAAGAUGAUUGAACACGCCGUUUGGAAGCUGCUCGGCUUCCCGCGGGAGGCAGUCCCUAUCGUGCAGUUUGAGUACACCAACUGGUCAGCGCCGAAUGAUCCAUUCACGACGAGGUCACAAGUAUUUAAGUUUUGCACCGACACGGAUAUGCUGGUCCCUACUCAGGUUCUGGCCACAGAUCUGGCGGGACUGAACCUGGAUGUCUACCAGUACGUCUUCGACCAUAAGAUCAAGAACAUCAACAUUACACUGGGGUAUGUGGGACAGUGGAUAAAGGACUACAGCUAUCACGAGAUAGAACUAGACCUUCUACUCGGUAUUCCGUUUUCCCACUUACGGUAUAGCUAUUUCUAUACGGACCCACACUUUACGGCAACCGACAAGAAGAUUAGUUAUCAGAUUAUGAAAUAUUGGACGAAUUUUGCCAAAUACGGCAAUCCGAACGAGAGAACCAACACAGCGAACGAUGUAAAAUGGGGGAAAUUUACUUCGUCCAACGAAGGCUACCUCUACAUAGGAAGCUCAGGAAUAGAGAACCGAUAUCAUUUAGAAGCAAGUAAAGUGGCAUUGUGGAGAGAACUUCUUCCUACCUUCAAACAAAACCCCGAGGAGACGAAACAGAACUAUAAGACCCUUUUCUUUGUGUUUGUUUCAACAACUGUAGCGUUUGUCGUACUUGUGGUGUUACUAGUGUUAUACAUGGUGCGGCCAAAGCUGGGAGCUUCAAAGCUUUCGCAAUGUGGUAAGAAAGACAAGAAAGUUAAACAAGAAAAUAACGCCAACAAUGAAUACCAUCCUGUGCAAACGUGAUGU